AUGAGUUCCCAAAGCAACCAUGUCAAUGCUUCCUUGAGCUCCAACUCUUUUGGCGCAACAACCUCCACCUCCGCGGUCCGAUCGCGCCCUCGCCGCCUGGUUUCGUUGAUGGACGAGGAUGAUGACUACAGCAAGAAAAGUUAUUCCUCCGACAACGAUUCUCAACCAUAUACCUCUGGUCUGUCUACCACUAUAUUACCAGGUGGAGCUCUAUCGCGCGGUGCCACCCCCUCGCCGCGGCCAUCUCGUGGAACAUCGCCAUUACCGACGCAGCGUCCCUCCCGCGUUACCGAGGCGAGCUAUAGAGAUUGCGACGAUAUAUCGAUAGGUUGGAACGGUGCACCAAAGGCUUUUUCGUCAUCCCGAGGGGCUGCGGACUUUCUAGACUCGUCAUGGUCCUCGCUUCAGAGCUUGGCAUCAUCAGUUCUAGGAAGCGACAUGGGACCUGCAACGAAUCAUUCAACUAAGACACACGCACGAUGGAAACCGUCUCGGUCGGAUUUAUAUAUUUCAAGUGCCCAACGGUCCACAGCUCCGGCUUGGGGUCCAUCCGGACUCUCUAUUCCAGAAAUUGGAGUGGGAACUAAGGAAGAGAGGCAAGCACUUGUGCAAGCAAAGAAGAGGGAGGCGCUUUUACUGGCAGACUCUGAUCCGGUUCUUAACCGCACCCGCAUGCUUCGACACAAAAGGCGUGACUCAGAUGAUUGUUUUGACCAGCCACCUGACCCCGACCACGAUGAAGACGCUUUAGCUUAUAUUCACCACGUUCAACCAUCGGAUAGUAUCACCGGAGUUACAAUCAAAUAUGGGUGUCAAGCCGCAGUAUUUCGAAAGGCCAACGGGUUCUGGCCCAAUGACAACAUUCAAAGCAGGAAGAUAGUUCUCCUGCCAGUCGAUUUAUGCACCGUGAAAGGCAGACCGAUUCGACAGGAGUCUGUGGAUCUUCUAGGACCUGACACGGAAGAUGCGACUGAAAGCUCGAUUUCUCCUUUACCUGGUUCUACAGACCGUCCAACAGACCAGACGGCCAACAAGUCCGAAUCAGACGCCAAUCAAUUUUGGAAACAUGAGUCGUGGGUACAAAUAGAUGGAUUUCCUGCCGCAAUAGAGAUAGGCCGUGUUCCACGGAGGUCAUUGGGCUUUUUCCCACGCACACGUCGGAAAUCUUUAUCUUAUACCGAUGCGGAACCUCUUCCACUGUCAUCAGCAGUCGGAUCACCACCACUUAAUUCUUCUCAAGGCUUGUUUCCUUGGGAUCGUGAUCGUGAAGAUUCAUCUAAUUCAAAUACCGCUCGCCGCUCUGGACAUCGCCGCCAACAUAGCAGCAUCAAUUUGUCAGGGGGUGGCACUGGUGUCGGUACUCUUGAUCUCACCUCGACUGCCCCUGGUCCCGCAAUGGAUGGGCUCAGCAAAUUUUUAUCGCAGCACAUGCCUUCAUAUCUUGCACCGUCUGCGCCUCCACCAAACCUACCAAGAAAUUCAACCGAGUCAGUAGCCACCGUUACUUCCAAUGCAUCAGGACUUGAGAACAUCGGUGGUGCCCUUGAAGGCUGGGUCCGUAAGGUAGCGACACGUGCAAAAUCUGGCAUCAACGAACUGCAACAAGGGUCUCCAGCCCAACAGGGAGGCAGCCGAGGUCGCAGUAUAGGAAUAUGGGGAAUGGGUGAUCUGAUUGAGCUGGACGAUACAUCAGAAACAACACUGGAGGACCAAAGAUCGCCAUCACGAGGCCCCGCACGAAGGGCGAACUUGCAGAGCUCAUCAUCCACAUCCUCAUACAGAGCCGUAGGCUCUUCCGCAUCCGCGAUGAGCAGGUCUCGCGCGGCUGCAUUUGGCUCCGGGCAGAGUGAACGAACUAAGCAUGAUUGA